AUGCUCUCCAGCCUCUUCCCUCGCUCCGCGAUGCCAACGCCCUCCAGCGGGCGUCCCAGCCUGCUGCGAUCAGUCCAAUCGUUCCGCGUCGAGCGCUCCUCGUCACCACCCUCCCGAACCCGCAGCAAAACAACCGGUAUAAUGGACAGCAAAAGCUCCCUACAUUCUGCCAUCGAGAAGACCGACGGCAGCCCCGAAGGCCUAGACACCUUUGAAAGCCGGCCCGACAAAGACCCCGUCGAAGACGCUCCCCGCGUUUCUGUAGACCUAGACGACCUCCCCAUCGAGCUGAUCACCCUCAUUGACCGCUUUAUUGACUCCCUCUCUGCCCCUAUCCAUCCGCAUCCACCUAAUAUUGAUAAUUUGUCCCGCAUGUUCCAAGACUUCUAUGCGACUGCUUCCUCACACAUCCAAACACAUCUCGACAGCCUUGCGACCCUGCAAAAGCGCGACUCGUCUCAACCCCCUCCCCCUCAAUCUAGUUCAACCCCACGUCCUUCGCUCCUCCCCUUUAGCGUUGGACGAGACCGCUCCGCUAGCAAACAGGAGCCCCCAGAACAGCCGCUCCUCACUCAAGAGGAGCUCGCGGAGCAAAAACGCUUGCGCCGAGCGCGUGAACAACAAAAGGCUCACUUGGAGGAGGCUGUCGAGAGGAGGCUGUGUGAGGGGAUUUAUGCCAAGAUUUAUCGCCAUCGGAGUACUCAAGACGAGGCGCAGGAUGCGAAACUCAGGUCGAAAACGGCAGCCUUGGCCGUGGUGGGAAUUGGGUUAGGGGAUUUGGGUGUUCAGAUUGACCCCCCAUCACCUGGCAGUGGAGAAGAAUGGGGAGAGGGGAAGGAUAGGGCUGCCGAAGUGAGGGAGUGGCUUGAGGGAGCGAGGAAGGAGUUGGUGCUCAUGACCCAGGCGAGGUAUCCCCUGGGGAAGCUGGAGCAUUUGAAGAGGGCACAUAAGAGGAUAUUGGACACGCUGGCGCAUUUCCAUCCGUCUUCAUCGGCGGAUGAGUUAAUGCCUAUGCUGAUCUACGCGCUGGUUACAAUGCCGCCUGAGCAAUUGCAUGUGGUCAGCGACGCGGCGUUUGUGAGGCGUUUUCGCUGGGAGCAGAAGCUUGUUGGAGAAGCGGCGUAUUGCCUCACAAACCUCGAAGCGGCGAUUAGCUUCCUCGAGACUGUUGACCUGUCAACUCUCAGGGAGGAUGAAACUCCCACAGGACCGCUGAACAAACCGGACCUACACUCCGUCGCGGAGGCGAGCCUAACCGCUGCAUUGGAACAACAACAACAGCUCCCUCAACAACCCCCUCCAGCUACAGGCCUACACUCACAAUUCCAACACUUCCGCUCCGCCCGUCGUUUAUCUGACCUCCCUGCGCAGGCGCUCAAUGCAGCUAGUGACGCUGUCUGGUCGACGGCCGAUCAAGGGUUAAAAACGAUUGGGAUGUCCUUGGGGGGUGGAUAUAAGUUCCUCGUGGGGAAACUUCGUGGCACCGGAGGGGAGGCUUUUGCUUCUCAGGGGGCUGCUGGGUCUGGGAGUGCCGGUGGGGGAUCGAUGCCGACUAUUCCGAUCCCCAGGACGCUAGAUGAUGCGAGGAGGUUGUUGGGGACUCCACUGCCGCCGAUUGUAAAGGAGGAACAGCAAGCACAACAAGGACAGGCUGGAGGGUCGAACUUAUUGGGACUGAUUUCGGGGACAGCGAGGAGGAUGACUCCGUCGGAGCCGGGGUCGAGGGAGAGGAGUGUGGAAAGCCAACGAGGGACUACUGAUGGCUCUGGAGCUGUUGGGAUGGCAGAGGGGACGUCGAGCGUGACUGCUACUGGUGCUUCAUCUACAGCCACGGCGACCAGUCCCUCAACGGCUGCCUCGACUGUAACCUCCCCGCCAGCAGCCCCUUCACCUGCCCCCAGCAACACCAGCAACACCAGCAGCACCGUGAUCGACUCUGUUCGUAAUCUGGGCAGCACACUAAACCCCAUUGGGAGGAUAUCAGCUGCUGCUGGGUUGGUCAGGGGGUUCACUGGUAGGGCCAGCCCAGCGCCUGCUGCUUCGCCUGCCGCGCUAUCUGCUCCACUGGCAAGGGAGCCGAAAGAAGCGGCUGCAUCGAGCGGGAACGGUAGUCUGGCUGUUGGCAGUAGGGCUGAGAGGUCCGUGAGUGUUGAUAGUGGGGGUCCGACUAUGCCGUUUCCUGAUUUGCCUCCUAUAAUUCCACUUGACUCACCAGAACCACAACCAUUACCUCUAUCUGUUCCUCCUGAUGCUGGAACCUCCCUCACUGCUGCUGUCACCGGCACUGCCAACGAAAGCUCAGACUCCGAGAGCAACGUCACAUGUAACGCCCCUGUUGUUAACCAUAUAUCGAUUCCAAGCGCGCAAAUAUCCCCUCCAAUUCGACGUUUUCUUACGCUGAAUGAUCCCUCCGAUCUUCGACUGCGUGACGUGGCCGAGUUGUUGAGGGAUUACCAGCGUUUGGCGAAAGCACUGGGCGAGAUGGGUGUCUUUACACAGCCAGGACUCCAGGAUCAGAGCUAG